UUCCCUUACAGGUACAAGAGUCUGGUCACUGGAAAAAGAGCAAGAACCAUUAUUGCUGUCUUCUGGAUUCUAUCCUUUGGCAUUGGCUUAACCCCCCUGAUGGGCUGGAACUGCAUGGAAGGAGACUGUGGUUCAAAUGAAACUAUAUCUAGCCGCAACAGAACGAUUUCUUGUUUGUUUGAAAAAGUGGUUACAAUGACUUACAUGGUAUACUUCAAUUUUUUUGGGUGUGUUUUACUUCCAUUGUUAAUCAUGCUGGGAAUAUACAUCAAGAUUUUCAUGGUGGCCCGAAAACAGCUGAGACAAAUUGAACUGAAAUGUAUCGGUGCUGACAACUCAAGGACCACUCUUCAGAAGGAGGUGAAUGCGGCCAAGUCAUUGGCCAUCAUUGUGGGUCUCUUUGCAUUUUGCUGGUUGCCCAUUCACAUCUUGAACUGCAUCACCCUCUUUGACCCUGAGUUCCACAAGAGAAAGCCAGGAUGGGUCAUGUACGUAGCCAUCAUCUUGUCUCAUGCCAACUCUGUGGUCAACCCCAUCAUAUAUGCUUACAAAAUAAGAGACUUUCGUUACACCUUUCGUAAGAUUAUUUCUAAAAACCUUCUCUGCAAGAAAGAAAACUUCUCUAAGUUUCCUAACGGCAGCAUUGGACAGGCCAGACAAACGCAUAUCAGCAGCGUAAGUGCUGGCAAUGUUUUUAUGUGA